UGAAGUGCUUCUCUGUAGCCAGAGACGGAGCAGGAAGUGCAGCUUGGGCGCCUGUGCACUCGUCUCAUCAAUGCUGCUUUCAUUCUUCCUUGGUGGGGCAAGAUGGAAGCUGUACAAAAGGACUACUGGUACUUCAUGGUACUCCUCUUUCUCCCUUUUCUUAAAGUUGCAGUCCAGCAGACAGACGUGGAAACGGUACGGCUGGAGGAAGGGAUGGUGCUGACCUGCGUGUGUCCCUGGGACGGCCAGCUCAGCAUGGUGUCCUGGACCAAACCGCCAGACAAGAACCCCAUUGCUGUGUUCUCUCCUGAGUUCGGAGUCUCCGUCCCUUACACCUACUGGGAGAGAAUAGAGUUCCUGAGGGCGAUGCCUAUGGAUGGAAGCAUUGUCUUGAAGAACGUCACACAUCAGGAUAUCGGGCUCUAUCACUGCUCUGUCCAGACGUUCCCUCAGGGACCCUGGACUAAGGACUUUCAGGUGGAGGAUUUAGAUGAGCCACCAGAAGAUAACAACAGCACAGAGCCCCCUCCUCCAGAGGAAGUCAUAGUAGACUCAGAGGUGGUGGCCGAGGAGAGCAGCAACCUCACCAUCAGCUGCAAGCACCCGCACAAUGGUACCAUCUACCAGGUCAUCCUGGAGAAGAUGCCGCACGGCCAUCCGUGGGUCAUCAUUGGCAUCUGUAAGAAGGUGGAAGGGGGUCUGGUAGGCGAGGACUACAGCGAAAGGGGCAGGGUGAACUGCGCCGACAGCCUGGAUCUCAGUCUGCACCUGACUGACGUUGCGUCGGGAGACGAUGGUUUAUAUCGCUGCACCUUUAACACGGACGUGGGGGUGCAGACCACCGUUGUGCUGCUCAGAACAGCUCCUCCAGGUGGAUUCAGUCUGUCCCAGUACAUGCUGUAUGUUUACAUCGGAGCUGGAGCUGCUGGACUUGUUCUAUUCAUUUCCUUCCUCAUAAUUGCCCUGAGGCUAAGGAAAAAAAAGCGGCGAGAGGAGUACCGAGUCAAACUGCACACCACUCAGAGACAGCCGAAUAUCUAUGAGAACGUCCCUCUGUGUCCCAGGAUUGUGAAGAAAUCCAAGCAGACUAAAAGCUUCCCCAUCUAUGCCAACCUGCCGGCCGGGCGCUCGCUCCAAACCAAACGUCAGCCUCAGGAUAAAAAAAGGAAAGGCGUGCUGUAACUCUUGUCGCUUUCUCACGUCUGUCACCGCGCUCUCAGCUGUUCACACCCCAUUCAGUGUACAUCAGAGCGGGGAUAAAUAAAUGUCAGCAAGCGCAGACUGUAAUUAUCCAUUUGAGUUUUUAAUCAAAUGCGGGGAUCACGCCGGCACUGUUUAAUAUUCGCACGGCGGUUUGAAAUGAGUUAACAAGCCGGUGCUCAUCUCGGAGUCAGAAAGCUGACGGGGCCUGUUUGGGACCGGCCUUGCUCCCCCCUAAUUAAAUGUACUAUGUAAUUAUUGUUGAGGGGAUGUUUGCUUUUUCGGCAAAACAAUAUUUGACAGUAACCAUCACACAGGGGAGAAAGACAAAAGCCCGUAUAAUCAUUCUUUUCUCUUCUCUAACCCCCUCCAAGUAAAACGAUUGACAAAAGCCUGUGUAAUUGCCCUCUUUUCACUUUCAUCCCUCCUGGUUUCCAUUCAAAGCUUGACAAUAGUGUCUAAUCAUCUAACGGAGAAGAAAAGCAGUCGCUCAGCAAUGUACAGUCACUUGAGACUGCUUCUUUCCCCUUCCCCAACAGGCUCUCUGACUGCAUUCUAGUUGCAGCACGCCCUCAGUGUGAAAGCUGAACUCUAAUUAGCAAAUCCUGGGCUGCAGUUUAAAUCUCCUUUUACCCCCUCUGACUGCUUUGUGAUGAAUAUCUGUGUUUUUUUGUGUGUUUUUUUUAUUUUAAUUUCCCCCUCCUUUGGUGUAUAAAAUGUAAAAAAAAAAAAAACAUCAACUGUUGAAUGUUAUUUCCCCUUUGUAUUUAUUUAUUUUAUAAUUUUUUUGAGUUUGCUUUUGUAAAUCAAUGUUUGCGGUGUAUGGGAGCUGCUGUAAAAAUUAAACUCUGUGCUGUUUGUAAUUUAAUUCAUUUAUCUCCAUAGAAAUGGAGGCAGUGGCAGAGGCAGUAAUGGAUAAGCAGGUUAUUCUGCUAGGAAGCAAGACAAAUGUGGAACAUAAAGGGACAUUACAGUUUUGGAUUCUUGCGUUUUUCUGUUUUUGUUGUUGUUGUUGCUUUUGUUUUCCCUUUGUGAUGUUUUCUGAAGAAACCGUAAAUGUACAUUUGAUGAUACUUGAGAUUCUCUGUGUUCAACCAGCUGUAUUGAAACUGAUAGUUGUGACUGAUAAAGACUCCUUAUGACAGAAAUAA